CUCGAGCGCGGUGGCGGGAAGAGGAGAGCGCGGGACAGGGCCGGGGCCGGGGCAGCUUUGGCGCCGAGAGGCCGGGGACGGGUGACUGAGUGAAGCCGAGGCCGGGACCAGAGACCCGUGGCUGAGGCCGGGAUCGGGCAGCGCGGAGAGGCUGAGACCGGGGACCGGACAUGGCGGAGGCCGGGGAUGAAGCUGGAGCCGAAGCCGAGCAGCGCACCGCUUACACUCAGAGGCUGCGUGCUGCUGUUCACUUCACUGUUGGAUGCCUUUGUGAGGAGGUUGGGGAAGAUAAGCAGAUGGAGUUCAGUAAACAAACCAUUGCAGCCAUAUCAGAAACAACCUUCAGACAGUGUGAGAAUUUUGCAAAGGAUCUUGAACUAUUUGCAAAACAUGGCAAGCGGACCACCAUUAAUGCUGAUGAUGUGAAACUGCUAGCAAGGAGGAGCAAAGCGCUGCAAAACUUCAUUAAGAAUAAAUGUGAUGAACUUGCUACCAACAAUGCUGAGCAAAAAGGGAAGAAAACGGGCACUGCUGGAAAAGGAAAGAAGAAAUCUGACGGCCAUAUAGAACCCACAGUAACUGAAGAUGAUGAGAUUACCAAUGACUAAUCUGCAAAUUGAAAGCUUAUUUUGACCUUGGGACUUAUCAUAAGACCACUUAGAUUCAUAUACCUUUGAUAUGAGAAAUGCUCUUGUCUUUCUUUUGGGGGUUGUGGAAUGGGGGUGUAUGAAGCGUCAUCAGCACACAAAUUAAAAUAAAUUUAAGGUGUUAUGGAAACCAAAAAAAGCACAAAUUAUGAAUUAAACAA